AUGAGCCGUCCACCCUCCAUGCAACCGCAGAUGUGCGGCCCCUGGGAACUGAAAGAGCGGCUGGGAACCGGAGGCUUCGGGAAUGUCACACUCUGGCAAAAUAAGGAGAGCAGUGUUCAGAUCGCUAUCAAACAGUGCCGGCAGGAGCUCAGCGCCAAGAAUAAGGGCAGAUGGAGUUUAGAGAUUCAGAUCAUGAAGCGGUUGAAUCACAUGAAUGUGGUGGCAGCGAGAGAUGUUCCAGAAGAGCUCCAGAAACUGGCCACAAAUGACCUGCCAUUGCUGGCCAUGGAGUACUGCCAGGGAGGAGACCUACGCAAGUAUCUGAACCUGCUUGAGAACUGCUGUGGCAUGAGAGAAGCUGCUGUACUGACACUGAUUCAAGAUAUAUCCUCAGCACUGACGUACCUCCACGGGAUGAGGAUUAUUCACAGAGACCUCAAACCAGAAAACAUCGUCCUUCAACAGGGAGAAAAACGGCUGGUUCAUAAGAUCAUAGAUCUGGGUUACGCUAAAGAGCUGGACCAGAGCAGCCUGUGCACAUCGUUUGUUGGGACGCUGCAAUAUUUGGCCCCUGAGCUGUUAGAACAGCAGAAGUACACGGUGGCGGUGGAUUACUGGAGUUUUGGGACGCUGGUGUUUGGGUGCAUCACAGGAUUCAGGCCUUUUCUACCAACCUGGCAACCCGUGCAAUGUCACCACAUACUGUUAGCGAGUGAACUGGAGAGCUGGUUACAAAUGAUGCUGAGAUGGUCACCUAAAAAGCGAGGCAAAGAUAUAAGACAGCGGAGCAAAGGCAGUCAGGACGGGGUCAAAGACCCAGAAGAGGACGGUAAAGAAAGCAGUUCAGAGGCCGGCAAAGACUCUCCGAAAGCUUCCUGUUUCUGCUUCGAUGAAUUAAGCCGCAUUCUGAAUCUAAAGCUGGUCCACGUGCUCAACAUGACCUCUGCUGAAAUAUUCACCUAUUCGGUGCAGCCGCAGGAGGACGUGGCAUCCCUGCAGGAGCGAAUCGCGCAGGACGCUCGCAUUCCUCCGGCCAAUCAGGAGCUGCUGCUGGAGGCCGGGCUUGCGCUUGAGCCGCAUAACAACGUCACGCAGUGUGCAAUCGAUUAUAGCAUGAUGGACACUCGGCGGACAGAUGAGCCGCUGAUUUUCCUGUUUGACCGUUCGUGCUACAGCUACGAGCCUCAGUUUACGCCACGUGUCCUGCCUGAGAACAUCCGAUUCGUCCAGAACGAGCCCAAGCGCUCGCUGCCCUACAGCUCCCGGAGACGCACGUGGGGUCAAGCGUGGCACACCAUCCGCGCGCUGAAGGAGGACUGGCAGAGACUGCAGCAAGGCCAGAAAGUCGCCAUCAUGAGUCUCCUCAGACACAACGGCACACUGUCAAAGCAGAAGAACGAGAUGGUGUCGAUGCACCAGAGGUUAAAAGCCACGCUGGAGUUCUUCAGCAGCAGUCUGCAGAUCGACAUCGACAAAUACCAGGAGCAGAGAGCGACGGGCAUCGCUUCUGAAAAAUUAUUGAGUGUCUGGAGAGAAAUGGAGCAAACCGCCCUGGACUGCGGACAGACAGAAGACGUGAAUAAGCUGGAGGAGGAGAUGAUGACCCUUCAGACUGAUAUCGUGGACCUGCAGAGACAGCCGUGGAGGAGUGGAGAGGCUUUAGAAACGCUUGAGGUGAAGGCCAUGGAGCUCUUCCGUAAACUGAGAGAGAAACCCAGAGAGCAGCGCAGUAUGGGCGACUGCCAAGAAGUGAUCAAACUGGUGGUUCAGGCCGUGCAGUUCUACGAGAGGAAGUUACGGGACUUCUACACACACCUGAGUAAGACGAUGGUGUGCCGUCAGAGAGUUCUGGAGCUGCUGCCGCGUGUGGAGGGGAUGGUGAGUGCGAUCGCCCGCAGCGAGAAACAACUGAUGCACCUGCAGGAGAAGAGACAGAAGGAGCUGUGGAACCUGCUGAAAGUGGCCUGCAGUAAGGUUCGUAGUCCAGUGAGCGGCAGUCCAGACGGAGGACGAACUCCACCGGCCCCUGCACACCCGCUGAUGUCCCACAGACCGUCCGACGUACCGCAGGCAGACGAGUCUCAGCUUGUGAUUGAGGAGAGCAAGAUGUUUGAGAGCCGCCUGCAGAGUUUAGUGCAAGACACCAUUGAGGAAACAGAGUCCAGCAUGCAGAUACUGAGAGAGUGGAAGUGGUUAAACGGAGGGCAGGAUUUGGCUUGAUGUCACAGGUUACCAACGAGUCGAACCCGAGUUUGUCAGUCAGACUGUUACCUCAAGAGCGAACAAACAUGAUGCUGUACUGCCACCAACUGGAGGAAACACGAUACUGCAGGCAAUGUGUGCUGACAAUUCAUUUCUUACCUGUAAGAGGUUAUAAACCCUUAAAUAUAGUUUUUUAAUCAUAUAUGUUGACAAUUUUCCAGCCUUUCUGAUGUUUUCUAUGCAAAUGCCUAUUCACAUUUUGUGCACAUUUA